CCGACCCGGAUGCAGAUUUCCCAAACGGAAGGGCUCUUUUCCCGGUGCGGGUUUCAGCGUUUCUAGUUGCAGCUGGCACGCUGAUGGUCUGGGUGUUGCGGCCUCCACACCCGGAGUCCGGGCCCUCGCUAACUUGACAGUCCCCGCAUCCGCCAGCCCCGCCCGCGGGGAGCCCGGCCUGGUCGGAAGACGUUGUGCUGCUGCACUGGAUCCGCGUCUGUUUCCGGGACCAUCAGUCCAGUGCGUAGACUCACCACUGCCGCGGACCGUGUGGGCUUCACUGGGAUAGGAGAGUGUUCUGAAGAAAUGAGCAGAAAAGCCCGACUGUUGAUCUUCACGGAGGAGCUUAAUCCUGCUGAAUCCCCGUUAUUUCAGCGUGCAGCGGAGGACUGGCUUUGCCACAGAGUGAAUGCCUUCUCCUGGAUCUGAAUCAAAGUUCUGUCCUCUCCACUGGGUGACUCAUAGGAAAACAAGAGGAUACAGUACCCAGAAUCCAGCUGUCACCUCCCCAGAAAUUUAAACACUUCUCCAGUUCCUCAGACCCUUCAACUCACCCCAGAAGGCAAAAGAUUCAAUUCUCCAUCAUAGUACAUGCAUACAACGGGCAGAGAGCACAGCUUGGUAAUCACCUUGGCAUUGCCUAUCUCUGUGAUGCUGAAGACAUUCUCAUCUCUGUGCAUUACAGAAGAGAUUCAGAUUUCCAGAGUUGGUAAGCUUUGGAAGAUGCUAGUGGAGCAUUCUGCACUAUGGAGACAUGUACGUGACACCUUACAGGCUUUGCCUGCUUAGUGCUUGGACUGCCAGUGAGCAAGGACCCAGAGAAAGACACCUGCGUCUGGGUUAUUGACAAUGCAGCCCCUGGAAUCAGUGACAUUUGAAGAUGUAGCUGUAGACUUCACCCAGGAAGAGUGGGCCCUACUGGACGCAUCCCAGCGAAAGCUGUUCAGAGAUGUGAUGCUGGAAAAUAUACGUCAUCUGGUCUCCCUGGGGUACCACCAUUGCCAGUCAGAUAUGAUUUUCCAGCUGGAGCGGGGAGAAGAGCUGUGGGCUGAAGGAAGCGGAUCUCUCCAGAGCCAGGGUCCAGGUGGGGAAAGUGCCCUUAAAGAACAAGACAUGAUAGCCCCACAGCGUAUCAGCAGCAAGGACACAUCUACGGUCACGCCAGAGCAGAAGUCUCCUUCGCCAGAGGAUCCCUUUGAAUGCAGUGACUUGGAAGAAGAUUUCACUCGCAGCUUCAUGGUGACUCGGCGUCUGUUGACUCCCACAGAAAAGACCCCCUGUGUCAGUAAACAGUGUCAAAAAUCCGUUAGUGAGUCGUACCUUAAUCAACACAAGCACCUUCACACUAGAGGUAAAUCAUGUGAGUGCCAUCUGUGUGGGAAAGCCUUUAGCAAUUGCUCCAGCCUGAGGAGACACGAGAUGACUCACACCGGAGAGAAGCCCUACGAAUGCCGUCUCUGUGGGAAUGCCUUCAUUCAAAGCUCUGACCUUAGAAAACACAAUCUGACUCACACUGGAGAGAAACCGUACGAGUGUCACCUGUGUGGGAAAGCCUUCAGCCAGUCCUCCAACCUCAGACAGCACGAGAGAACGCACACGGGGGAGCAACCGUACGAGUGCCACCUCUGUGGGAAAGCCUUCAGUAAAUGCUCUGCCCUCAGACGGCACGAGAGAACGCACACUGGGGAGAAACCGUACGAGUGCCACCUCUGUGGGAAAGCCUUCAGUCAGUGUUCUGCCCUGAGACGACACGAGGGCACCCACAACGGAGAGAAAAUUAGGAAUGCCUUCGGCAAAUGUCCUGACCUCACAUGACCCGCGUGGCACGACUGUCACGAAGGCGGGCACCACGUCCACCACAGCGGUUAACACUGAAACGCGCCACAGGACUCGCACGUCGUUCGGUCUCACUCGCACAGGCUCUCGCACGCAAACUUCUCUGGGAGAAAUCCGCCGUGUGCUGUCCAUGCGGCAAGACCUUCGGUCAGUGCUCCGACCACAGGCGACACAAGCGCACUCACUCUGUAAAUGCGAGGAAGGGACAGGUUUGCGGCCACGGCACCUCCGCGCGGGAGAAGCCCGAGGUCGGUAAUCACCGUGCACACCGCUCAGCGGGCACCGGGCCUGCGCCCAAGAAAGCUCAGUGAGGUCUGAGUAGACGCUCGCCCCAGGUGGAAGAGGGAGAAUGCUCUUGAGGAACACCAAAAGUCACACCGUGGUGAAGACUCACGGGAACCCCUUGGCUCACAGAGAAACCCCGUGGCACAUGUGAGGACACAGACCCUACAGAGCAGUGUCACCAGCAGAGGAGAAUCCAGUGGUCACUCACUUCUUAGCCAACAUUAAAGUUCUUACCCUAAGGAGACAUCAGUCGUGAAACCAAAGUGGAGGUAACUUCAGCUAGAUUUCACAUCAGAAAACUAAGUCGGGGGACAAAAACCUCUAAAAGAGCCUUUUGACAGAAUUUAGCAAAUAUUUCAGGAUUUUGAGAAAAUAACUAUUCAUGGGGAAAAUGUGGCAUGUAAGUGCAAAAUAGUAAGGUGAUCCGGGAAUACUGAAUGCAGAAGUUUGUAAGAAAUUAAAUUUUUUCAAUAGAUUAUUACUUGUAAAUAUUUAAACAAUAAACCCUGUUGCUGAAAAAUCUAA